AUGUGGAUUCUCGAGACACAAGCCGACUUCCUACGUGGAAAGCGUGUGUGGAUAAAACCAGGAAAGCGAUAUUUGUUUGGUAGAGUGAAGAAAGAUGGAAUUGGUUUUGCUCUAGACCACAAGACGAUUUCUAGACAGCAUUUUACCCUCACUGUUGCUCAGGUACAGGAUGAAGAUGUCAGCCGAAUACACGUCAGAACGAAGAUUACCAUUACAGAUCAUUCCAAGGCCGGGACAACAGUUGAUGGAGAAUUCUUGAAGGAUGCCUCCACCGAGCUGAAGCAUGAGAUCAAUAAUAUCCGCCCUGGGACCUGUCCCAUACCCUUGGUUGUCACCUGGGUGCCCCGUGUCUUCACCUUCGCCUUGACAAAGAAGGAGAUCAAGAGCGGUCUGCUGAAGAUCAAGCAACAAAGUGUUCAAGAGCUAGAUAUUAAGGCUGUCCCUGAUUAUGUGGCAGGUCAUACAACCCAUCUGGUCACACAGAAACGAAAUACUCCUAAGACUCUGCAGGCUCUGAUCGAGGGGAGAUGUAUUGUCACGGAAAACUAUGUUGAUAGUCUGGUCUAUGCCGCUACCCCCUCGAACCCAGACGAGCCACAUAGUCUGUGCCUCAUGGAGGCUGACUUCGACGAAAACUGGCCUGGAGAACUAUCACACCUCCCACCAAAGGGCAAAGAACCAACAGAGAAGCCUGCAGAAGCGUACGAGCCAAAUCCCGCAAGAGCAAAGGUUUUCGAGAAACAUACCUGUUUCUUCUUUGAACAAUCCCAGUUUGAUCAACUCUUGCCCCCAAUCACGACGGGGCACGGGAAGGCAUUCCUCUUCAACACGAAACCCAACUCCACCACAAUCGAAGAGGGCCUGACCUUUGUGCGAGAUACAAUUGGUUCUUCGGGUAAGGCUAUCCUUGUAAAGCUCAAUGUUGAGGAAGAUGAGAGUUCUUGGUUAGCAGAUUACAUUCAGGAGCUUUGCUUCCAACUCGGUCAAGAGCCUGCGAGUCAGUCCGAUUUUCUGGACGCUGUACUCGCGAAUGAUGCUUCACAGCUGCGCCAGCCACUCGAUCCUAAUGCUUCGACUACCAGACUAGGUUCUCGGAAGAGAGCUCGUCCGGACGCUGAAAGUGUCGCCAGCGGACAAAAGCAUGGCUCAAGUCAUGGCUCAGCAGCUACGGCUAGCAUCGUUGGUGCUUCUACCCCAAGGUCGCCAGUACCUGCACAGACUACAGCCUCAGUCACUACAUCUCAGCCUACACAAGGCUCUGCAGCUGAUGACGAUAAUCCUCGACCUCGGAAGAGGCCUCGACCAGUGUCCCAGAAACCUCCCAGCAUUUUCGACGAUGAUUUUGACCCUGAUGCUAUUGCAGCCUACGAAGACGAGAGUGGAGAAGAGUCUGCGCCCCAACCCCAAUCAAGCAAAUCACAGAUAACCCAGUCGACAACACAAUCACGUCCCAAUACUCAAUUAGACGAUAGUGAUGCAUCCGUCAAGGACGAACCGGCCUCUCACCAAGCUCGACGACAGGCUCCUGCUUCCUUGCUGGCAGAUUUAGAGGAAGACAUGGACGACUUGCUUCCUGCCGCUACGGCCAUGCGGAAGAUGAACCAGGAAGAGGAGGCAGAAGCAGCUCGAAAAGGCAUACCUCUCAAAUCAGCUCUUGCCCAACCUGACACAAAGGGUCGAUCGAAAGGAAAGAAAGUAAAACUGCUGGACGUGCGUGAAGCUGUACGUGCUCGAAAGGAAGCUGACGAAGAGUCGGCUGUUCGCGACCACGAACGGAUCCAAGCCUUGCAAGCUGAAGAUGAGGGCAUGGAAGGUCCUGCUAAUUUUGUGAAUAUCAAGACCUUCGCCCUUCCGCUUCACAAAAAACCUGAUAAUGCUCCAAGCACUUCUCGUGGUGAAGGAUGGAAACCUGAAUGGGAUGGUCGAAAGAAUUUCAAAGGCUUUCGUAGGGCUCGGGACAUUGCCGGCGGCACGGCCACUACGCCACGCAGGAACAAGAUAAUUGUGCCAUUGGUCAAGGUAACGCAACAAAACUACGGAUUAGGCGAUCGUUAUUGGGCAAAAGUCCCAACAGAGCAGCAAGAACCCUCAGGCACCUCCCAGAGUCAAGGACGACCAUCACAGCGAAGUCAAACUAUGCGUAGAGACGUUAGACGAGAGAACACGACCUUCUCUGAUGACAGUGACUCAAGUUUGGAGGAACAAGCUGAGACCGAGACGACACGCUUGCAAAGAGAGGCUGAACAUGUCCUUGACCACCCCGUCGAUCUUGACGCUCCACGACAGACAAGAGGAGGGGACACACAGACGCAAACACAGAUCUCAAAAGGCUCAGCCACAACCUCGUCGAGGAGUGCGCAAGGUGCCAAGAGACCAGCCAGCAGCACACCGACUGGACGGAGCACUGCCACUAAGAAACAGAAGACCUUGCCGGUUCAGUCUAUACCAGAUAGUGACGUCUCUGCGGACGACAGUGACGAUCUGAAGUUCUCGUUCGAUAGAAAGAAAAGAACCCGCAAAAACCAGUGA